AUGACCACAGACCAGCCCAGUGGUGAACCUCCAAUGGAGAAACUCCUGAAACGACCCCUUGAGAGCAUCAGAGACAUUGAACUUUAUGACGAUGACGUCAUCAUCUGCGCGUUUCCAAAGUGCGGCACUCACUGGGUGUGGGAAGUCGUUGAGAUGCUACGAAGUGGGGUCAUUGAGUACAGGAAGCAAGUUAAGGAAACUCAGGAGUUUGAACUUAUAUACAAAGAAGGUGUAGACGCACUGCCGGCACCGCGAACCCUGAACACUCACUUAUAUCUGCGCAUGCUCCCCAAACAGGUCGUGGAGAAGAAGAUUAAGUGUAUCCAGAUCAUGCGCAAUCCUAAAGAUGCCUGUGUGUCUUUCUUCAACCAAUACAGAGAUACCCUUGCACCUGUCGGCUUUGAAGGAGACCUGGGAGAGUUUACAGAAAUAUAUUUGUCGGGCCAAAUGUUUUUCGGAUCCUACUCCGACUACCUCCUGACAUGGAAAGCAGAAUUGGACAGAUCUCCAGGACAACCUGUACUGGAGUUGGUGUACGAGGACAUGAAACUUGACCCUGUCAAGAGUGUGAAAGACAUCGCUAGAUUUCUAGGCCUGGCAGUUACAGACCAGUUCUGUGAAGAAGUUGCACAUGCAUGUUCCUUUAAGAAGAUGAGACAAGUAGACAAGGACCUGAAAGAGGAGUACGAUAUGAUCAAGUUUUGGGAAAGAGGGGACGGUUGGCUAUUACAGAAAAGGGGAAGUAGGAGACUGGAAAAACUGGUACACUGUGGCUGAAAGCGAAAAGUUCGACCGGAUAUGGAAUGAAAAAAUGAAGGAUUCCGGGAUCACAUUCACAUAUUCAUUAUAAUCUUAAUGAAUCCCCGCAGAAUUUCCAAUAUUUUAUUUAGCAUUUACAGAACGUCCCAUACUAUCUUACAAGCUUAUACUCAGGGAAGAGAUGACAUUUGCCAUACAUGUACAACUGAAAUGGCUAUCUUGUUAUGUUAACAGUUCACAACAACUUCUGCCUCAGGGCUACCUGUGUGUAGCUUAUUAUUACACACGUUAACACAAUACCUGUAAGGGUCUACUAUGUGACUUCGGCUUUAACGAUGAGGCAACGUUCCGAGGAAUACAUUGAUUUUGUAGUUAACUACUUAAGUAUGACAUUUGUUGAAAUGUAAAUGUGUGGAUGUGGCGAUGAUUUAAUUAGAUUCUGACGCCGAUUUGGCAACAAGGACUGGUCGGCUCAGAGUCAAUAUAAUGUGUCUGAGUGGGGUAUACGUGCUUAACUGCGGCAUGGUAUCUGAGUGAGCUAACGCUACAGAACCUGCUUCUGGGCUAGUACCUGCAGCCUAAAAUAAGUUGUAUGCUUCUCUCGAGGGUAAUACGGUCUGUUAUUACCCUUCAGAUAAAUUUGUCGAAUUCUGAUUGGUCAAUAUCCAAGCAUACC